UUGUUCACUCUCUUGCUCUCGCUCUUUCGGUUCUGCUUCCGGGUCAGAGGGCGCUGCCAGUAGUGAAGCCGCGGGAGCCCUGUUGGAUUUGGGCACUGCUUUCCCCGCUGCCUUGUUCCCUGAUGGCGAGUCCUGCGACCAAUUUAAACGCUGUGAGAGAGACUAUGGAUGUUCUUCUUGAAAUAUCAAGAAUACUAAACACUGGACUAGAUCUGGAAACCCUUUCUAUUUGUGUACGACUUUGUGAACAAGGAAUAAACCCAGAGGCAUUAUCUGCUGUAAUUAAGGAGCUACGCAAGGCUACGGAAACCUUGAAGGCAAAUGAAAAUAUGACAAGCUGACUCUGUGGGAGAAGAGCUUUACAUUGAGACGAAAGUUCACAUAGGAACCUAUCAAAUGAACUGAAGACUGUCUCUUGUCUAGGACUAUAGAACACGAUUACUGCUUGUGUUGGUGUCUGUGCACUUCUAAAAUCUUUACUGAAAAAGAAGAAAAACCAUCAUAAUGUAAUGAAAGAAUUUUAAAAUGUUUGCUAGCAGCUAAAUUCUCAGGCUGUCUUGUUUUUAUUGCAUAUAAUGCAUUUGGAAAUUUAUAAUUAUGCAUUCAACAAAUCUUAAUCAUAUUGGCAAUCAUAUAAAUUAAACAAUGUUCUUAUUAUUAUUGUUAUUAUUAUUAUUAACCUUUAUAAUAAUAAUAUGAAAAUUGUUUAAUUUAUAUACUGUAUAAAUCCUCCCAGAAGUACAAUUGAAAGUAGGAUUGCCAUUUCAGUAAACUUAAAAAGCAACUUUCUGUACUGUGAAGGAAGCUGCUAUUUGAAUAGGGAUUGUUUAUUUAAAAUAUAUCUAUAUUGUAUGUGCACAGGAUCCUGUGAAUAUGUAAAGAAGCUUAUGUCUGGGGCAGUGUUGUGCAGUAUGGAAAGCAUGAAGCUAUGAUUAAGCACCCAUCUUGAUUUCAGUAGAAAUAUAAAGCAUUUAUUCCAUCUGUUGAAAUUAAAUGGUAACUAAAAGUGCUCAAUUUGGACUGGAUCACGAUCGAUAUAUCUUACAAUUAUGUCUUGUUACUUGCUGUUAAACACUGUCCACAGAAUAAUAGAACAUCAUUCACAGGAAAGGCUAUCAAACUUUAGUUGCUGUAGAUCAAAUAUUUUUAUUUAUGGACAAUCUUGGUCUUUCUGUUUCAGAGUGGAACAUUCAUUUCAUGACAGUGGGAAAAUUGCUCAUAAAUCAGAGAGUGAGAAUGUGUGAACUGUUGUAAUACCAGUCAUAACAAGAACAUUUUUAUGUGUUUACUCCAUUGUUACUUUUUGUAUUUCUAAUUGUCAUAUGUUUUUUGUACAGCCCUUGUAUCUUGUGUACUUGAAGCACUAAUUUCAGUAUAGGUGGUGCUAACACUGAAAUCAUCCUAUUGAGUUUUAUGCAAUCAAUCAGUUAUAUUUUAGGUUGUAUGAUGUCCCUGAGGGGGAAAAAAAAUCUCUGGUAAUACCGUAGUUCUUGAAAUUUGUAUUACUUAUGUGACUACUUUUACUGCUAAGAUGCCACAACCUAGUGUGUCCCUUUAUAAGAAAUAAAAAUAUUACACAGCUGUGA